UAGACGUAGACGUAAUUUGUUUUUUAUAUUACACUAAGAACAAAAGCAAUGUAGGAGAGUGGCUUUUUUUUAACUGACACCCCGAGAUUUUCAACCCCUCCGGCGCAACCUUCUAGGUAUAGAAAUUUUGCUCCAGUCCAGAGUAUAGGCAUGGUAUAAUAUUACAGAGUAUAUAAAAAAAGAGGGAAAUUGUUAAGUUAUGAAAUCAUCAAGUAUACCAAAGAUCUUAGAAGGAUGAGCUACGAGAUACUCCCAGAAUCCGUGAACGAUAUCCUGGAUGAGGUGGAGACGAAUCUUUGUCUGCCAAUAAUACUUUUCAUUCUGAUCUGCACCAUUCACGUGGCCCUGAUCCAGUUUAUGCAGAUAGGAAGUGCAGUGAAUUGUUAUCUGGAGAGGAGAGCGUCGAGAUCAGAAGCAAACGACCAAGUGGACGACGAUAACAACGAGUCUUUUUUCCAAAAGAUCAAAGGAAUGAUAUGCAGAAUGAAUUCAAAGGAUCACAAUGAUACCGACGACUGCAAAAAUUGUCCUCGUUAUUCAAACACAAGCAGAGAAACUCCAGAAGACGAAUGGGACUGCUGUGCCGAUUCCUACGAAAGCCAGUACGACGAUCGCCACGUUCGUUGAUCCUGAUUCAACCUAGUGAUCUUAACGUUUCAAGUCGUUGUUAUAUGUAUGUCACCGAAACUUCUAUUGUAACUAAAUUAAAACUCUAUGGGGAUCCGGCCACUUUUCAAGGUAUGAUAAGUUUAUAUAAAUUAAAACAAGAAAUGAAAAUCUCAUUAU